AUGCCUAUAACUCAUCAACCUCCCAAUCAUUCUAAUCGAAGUAGUCCACAAGAUGAAGAUCACCAAAAUCAAAUACAACCGAUUGUGUGGAAAUCGAUUUCAUCAUGGCAUGUGGUACCUCCGAGCUGUCCUCCAGGCUUAGAAUACUUAUCCCUUAUUGAUAGAGUCUACAUUGUCCAUAAUGGCUAUAAGAGUAAUAAAGAUUUUUCCAAUGACCAUUACAGUUAUCACAUCAAAGGAAAUGAUGGGCAAAUAAUUCUAGGAGCUUGUGGAGUAAGAGAUAGUGUGGGUAACAAGUCACAACUCAGCUGCUAUCAAGAAUUAAUGCUAAGCGAUUGCGAUGAAAAGCAAAUCGUUCACUUAUCGCAAAUAGGAUAUAAGCCUAAUGUAUUUUGCUGGCUAUUCGGUUGGAAGAGCUAUAAAUUCAACGUGUUUUGCCCACCAGGCACAAGCAUUGGUAGCUUUCAAAAAAAUAAUGAAAAAAGUCAAGAUUAUUGUAUUUAUGAUACCAAAGAAAAUGCAAGAAUAUAUAUAAUGGAAUCUAGUAUUGAUCUUCAACAAGCUCAAGUAUCAAGGCGAGACAGAAAUCAUCUACUGAGCUUCUACGAGAUCAAAAGAAAUCUCUAUGGUCAACGUAUUGGUACCUUAACGAGAUCUAUCAAUGUCACCACCAGUAGGGCUACAAUAGAAAUUUCCUUUCCCAACGAAAUGGAUGUUCAUCUGAAAGCGAUUAUACUUGGCUUAGCUAUCGUUGUACCAAUAUAA